AUGAGCAUUCAGAACAUCGAUGAGGCAGAACUGCAGUCUCGAUUUGCUUUCUACUCUACCCAAAAGGGGCGCACUUCAGGGAAUAGGGCGCUAAACAGGUAUUAUGACGUGAUAGCAUACGAUCGCGGGUGUUGUAUGGUCAAUAGCGGCUCAUCCAGCGAAGAGCAGGUUUAUCUCAACGGGAAUUGGGUCAGAGAGCAUGCGGGUGGAAGGUGGUGGCUUGCUACGCAGGCGCCGCUGCCGUCCACUAUGCACUCGUUCUUUGCACUUUGUACGCCGCUUACGCCUCCCCAUCAACGAAUCAGGACGAUUGUGCAGCUUACGGCAGCUAUGGAAGGAAGGUGGCGGAAGGCGGAUCCCUAUGUUCCUUUGACCGUUGGACCUGGGGGUACACUGCGUUUCGCUCCACCAACCAAACCAACGGACCCUUCGAAGGCUCCGCCGACAAUUGAAGUAACGCUUCUGUUUAGGAAAACCUUGGAGGACGCCCAAUCGAUCCAGAACACGCUGCAAGUCCGGCUUGUCCCACCGAGCGCGUCGUCUGCUGGUGGUAAUGACAGAGCUGGGUCUAAAAGUAUUGUGGAGCACUUCUAUUUCGAUGCCUGGCCAGAUAAUGGGGUGCCGAAUACUACAGGAUCAAUCAUCCAGCUUGCAAAAGCCGUAGACAAGACCAAUCGGGCAUCUUGCUCCGUCACCGCCUCAUCGAGUGGGAAGAGUGUCGCCGUUGACAUGGCCUCAUUGCCACAAUCAUCGGCACCCCCGUCGUCAGAGGUUUUACCAUCGGUAGCGCCCAUCAUGGCGCAUUGCAGUGCUGGGAUCGGUCGCACCGGCACAUUUAUUGCCAUCUCCUCUGUGCUUCGAGCGAAUGGAUUGCUUGAUCACACAGGCGAUCAAUUGGAUCCGUCUGCACCGCCCCCCGCCCACUCUCCGUUGGGUGAAUUGAUCAGCGCGGAGCUGAAGGCAGACAUCAUCGCACAGGAGGUGGAUUCGCUGAGGGAACAACGACCGGGGAUGUUGCAGCGGCCUGAGCAGACGUUGUUCGUGUAUGACGUACUUGCUGAGGCCUUGACUGAAGCCCAAGGGCCGUCCAACUGGGACCAGGCAUGAGACCGAACGGAAAUACCUUGAUUUCGGUGGCAAUUUCGGAGUUUUCAAACCGAAUUAUCCUUUUUCCCCUUUUUUUUGCCUUUGUGUGGAUGUACCUAUACUGUUGAUAGAGCCAGAUGUUUCAAUAAUUUGACCUUGUACGCCCACAGUAUUUCGUUUUACAUAAU